AGAGGUUUUUGGGUCUAGAGUUACACACAAGGGAGGGGGUUGAUAGUGCACAAAGUUCACAUUUCUCCUUUUGAGAGGCGAUGUAGGAAAUGGCCCGUGAAUCUGGAAACAGCGCUCGCCCACCGAGUUUGUGUUGUACCAGCAGUUCGGAAGGUCAUACAAUUUUUUUUCCAGAAUGGUGUGAAGUCUCCCAGAAAAAAAACAAACACAAAACUUUUCUUCUUGUAUGAAAACAUCUCAUUUUCCAAACAUAAUAAAUAAUAAUUAAGUGUCCUAUAUACAAAUUAGGGGAUACAAGCAUAUCCUGUGUGCAUCUGUGUAUCCCUUAACCUUUUCAAAUAAGUUAUGUUUUAUGCGACCACUGAAAUAUGUGGGGGGAAAGUGUAGAUAUCUUUGUUAUCCGCACUGGUCGGCUGCGUGUUUGGGUUUGAAGUCUGAGCGCCCUGGAAUGGGGAGCGCGCCCAUAACUGGUGGGAGCCGCGCGGGAGGCUGCGCUGAUAGGGAGGCGUGUCGCGGAGCGGAGCUGACAGCGUCGAGCGUGUGGCGCACUGCCUCUCUCAGUCACUCAGUGUGCUCAGGCAUUCAGCUCCUGCGUGUGGAUAGACACCGCUCUGCCACAUCAACUGCACUGCAAAAACACACUGCUUCGCACGAUCUCACUGUCACUUCACUGUAGCGGUAGAGACGUGAGACGUUAUUUUUUUUUGGAGAUUGUUUUUUUUUUGCCUUCUGUGGUGCAACAAGUUUACAGAAGCCACCUCAAGCCGCGAGGUCUGUCACAGUCUGAAUUGGUUUCCCGGUGAAUGGGAGCGCGCAGGUCCCUGAUAGGCACGCGUCCCUAUUCCGUGAGGAGCAGCUCUCCCCUCUUGCGUUGACAUUGCUCCCGGUCCGGCGUCAGAGUCACCGAGGCAACCGAGUCCAGGUGUCACACGUCCAGUUACUCUUUACCGGUGGUGCACGUUUAUGACUGAUAGUGCAUGAUUGUGAGAAGAUACGGUGAGGGACAUGGCAAAGGAAGACUCCAAGUGCGCCUCGAUAAUGGACAGUGAAGUGGGUGCUUGCAAGCGGCGGUACUGCUUCAGGACAGUCACAAAUGUUCUCUCGUUUGUUUUCUCAGUCGUGUCAGUGGCAUUUUGUAUCUUUCUGAGUGUCCAAACCGCUGAGAUUAAUAGCAGAGUUCUGGACUUGGAGACUGGGGAUGGCGAGCGACUGUUUAACCGACCUCCCGGAUUUCCCAUGGAGCGGUUUAAUUCAUUGAUACAGGAGCGCGUGGAUGAAGUGCUCUCCCAGCGUACCUAUGAGAAUAUGGUGAAGAUCAGGACUGCCCGCCAGACCUCACCUGAAUGCAACUGCCCACCAGGUCCGCCAGGGAAACGCGGGCGAAGAGGACGCAACGGAGAACCUGGACCUCCUGGCUCGCCCGGUCUGAAAGGUGACAAGGGGGACAUUGGUGACCAAGGCCCACGGAUGGUCUUCCCUAAGAUCAAUCAUGGCUUUCUUUCAGCUGAUCAGCAGCUCAUUAAACGCCGACUCAUUAAGGGCGAUCAGGGGUCAGCUGGACCUCCAGGACCUCCAGGACCUCCCGGGCCACCCGGGCCCAGGGGACCACCAGGGGACACGGGCAAAGAUGGCCCACGAGGGGUCCCUGGACUACCGGGGGAUCCUGGGAACCCUGGUGAUGGCGGCCCUAUGGGACCGGAGGGCCCUCCAGGAUCUAAGGGUGCCAUUGGGGAUCCAGGUACUCCAGGUAUUGACGGCCUUAAGGGUGACUUGGGAAAUCCAGGAUUAGAUGGAACUCCGGGUGACAAGGGGGAAAUGGGAGAAGGGGGUGAGAAGGGUGACAUCGGAGAUGAAGGACUGAGAGGUGAAAUAGGCGAGAAGGGUGACGCCGGGUCUUCAGCUGCAGGAAUUAAGGGGGAACCAGGGGAGCCUGGCCGCGGCGGACACAAGGGAGAGCCAGGACUGCCAGGCCUGCCUGGACUUCCCGGGAUUAAGGGUGAACCAGGGUUCCUCGGGCCUCAAGGGGAACCAGGACUACCGGGUCUUCCAGGAACCAAGGGUGAGAGAGGGGAGCUCGGGCCACCAGGAAAGGGCGAACGAGGAGAGCAUGGCCCAGCAGGGCAGAAGGGAGCAGAGGGAGAAGCAGGAACGCCCGGACCCAAGGGGUCAAGGGGUGACACUGGAGAGACUGGAGACCUCGGCGCUGUGGGACCCAGAGGACCCCCGGGGCAGAAGGGAGACCAGGGCAUCACUGAGAUCAUCGACUACAACGGAAACAUCCAGGAAGCCCUGCAGAAGAUUACCACUAUUACAGUGACGGGACCCGCGGGUCCUCCCGGGCCUCUGGGACCGCCAGGCCUUAAGGGUGACCAGGGCGCUCAAGGCCUGUCGGGGCUGGACGGAGAGAGGGGUCUGAAGGGCUCCAAAGGAGAUAUGGGCAUGCCUGGGAUAUCAGGCGAUAAGGGCUCGAUGGGACUGCCUGGUCUCCCGGGCGUCAACGGACUGAAGGGAGACAAGGGAGAUGCUGGCCUGUCAGGUUCACAGGGUCCUUCUAUUAUUGGUCCUCCUGGAUCCCCAGGGCCUCAUGGUCCUCCCGGUCCGAUGGGCCCUCAUGGAUUCCCAGGACCGAAGGGGGACGGCGGGUUGCAUGGGCUGAAGGGAGCGCGAGGGGAACUGGGGCACAAGGGGGACAGAGGAGCCCUGGGUCUCCCCGGAGCGUCUGGCUUGGACGGCAAGCCUGGGAUAAUGGGUAUGGACGGGCCAAUGGGGGCAUCAGGACCAGCAGGUCCAAAGGGAGAUAUUGGUGAGAAGGGUGCUGAAGGUGAACCUGGGCCGAGGGGACCGUAUGGCCUGCCUGGCUCAACUGGGACACCGGGACUGGAUGGGUUCCGGGGCUUUAAGGGGGAGAAGGGGGAGCCAGGGCAGCCUGGUCUGGAUGGGCUCGAUGCCCCAUGCCAGCUGGGUCCUGAUGGGCUGCCCAUGCCUGGCUGCUGGCAGAAGGGAGUGACGCCUUGGCUGGUGGCUUGAGCAGAGGACUAUGUUCCUCUCGCUAGAGAUGCUUGUUGAUUGGGUGUGUUGUCUUUAUGGUGCUGAGGGUCGCCAGGCCUCAGCUUUGCACAACAGAGUGCCUCUCUGAAGCCCCCCCCCCCCCCCCACUCCGCCACAUACACACACACACACACACACGGUCCAGUCGCCAUGGAGACGGACCUGUUGUCACUGGGGGGGGGGAGGAGCCAAAAGGAGGAGGAGGAAGGUGUUUCAGCCAAUCAGGAGACUCGCUCUUCAGAUUGGUCGGGGGCCUACACCCAAGGCCCUUUUGGAUUCCACAGAACUGAAGAAGAGAAACCUGGCCCAGCGACUUUCUCCCUUCAUCACCCGAGGAGCUUUCCAGAGGCUUCCCAUUGAGUUCCUACCUAGCAGCCAUAGCAAGGCGCUUUGCGUGGCUAUCUACUGACAACACCAAUAGGAUAACGUUAUUUUUAUUUGUUGCCGAUAACUGUUUUAUUGUGUGUAAACAGCCUUUGGUGCCUCAAUCCUUUGUUGUUUUUAUUUGUUAUUCAUUCCUGUAACUGAAAUGUCACAACAUACCUUUUAACGAUGCUUAUUGAGUAAUCAAAAUUGUAUUUUUCUUGUGGACUGGUACUCAGUGUUAUGUAUGUUGCUGCAGUUUAACAAAACAAAGAAAAAAAGAAAAUAUAACACUUAAGUGCAAACUGAUGUUAAUGUAUUCUGAGCACCUCUGAAAUAGUCUACAUUUGAAACGGUGUUCUUAUUUUUAAGUGUUAUGUCCCCUUUGGCUUCAACAGAACUUAAAUUCACUUGUCUCAAAAGGGAAAAUGAAGAUUUGAUCAUCAGAAUCUGAGCUCUCUUAUCAUUCUGCUGGUACAUCUCUGAUGCUUGAUGAUCUAGAAAAUAUCCCGUGAACCAUUAUUAUUUGAACUGGGUGCAUGUAUUUUGAUUGAAAAGGUAGACUUUAUUUCUGAUGUUGCCAGUAGUGUUGAAACGAUCAUACACCAUUGCUUUGUUUCUCCUUAACAUUUCAAAGAAAUGCUUCUGUUUUUUCUGUUUUUUUCUUACAUGAUAUUGCAUUGCUUGAGCAGCUGAAUAGCAGAGGUAAACUGGAACAUACUCACAGGUGUAAUGAACUCUCUAGAAAACGUUUAAGGGUUGGUUUAACGUCUCACUUCAAGACUGUUGGUACAGAAAUAUAAACUCAUCUAUCACGAGUAGUUAUUCAUAUAUAUCUAUAUCCAUACAGUGUGGCAGUUCCAUCUUGCUGUCAGAACUUUGCUUUAACAAGCCAAAAGAGUUAAUUUGUCAGUGAAAUGAGUCCUGGCAGCAGUGUUAUCUCGAUCUCGAUCGUUUUUAUGCAGUGUUAUCUCGAUCUCGAUCGUUUUUAUACAGUGUUAUCUCGAUCUUGAUCGUUUUUGUGCAGUGUUAUCUCGAUCGUUUUUUAUGCUAUCACACAACCGCAAUGUGAGGCUACACAGUGACAUGCGGGCAUCGCAUUCCAGAUCCCUCAGAACUUCUGCAAAACUACGUGUCCCAAGUUACCUUUCUUCGUCACUGACCAACUGUCAGUGUUAGCAGUGAGAGUUGUUGACAGUCAGCGGUUUGGUUGCCAACUUUGGGACAGAUCUGGCCUUGCCCUGGCAUGUCUCUCGGUCAAAUCCUUUUGAGAUUCGGCUGCUGUCUUGUCAGAUUAGCAAUUUGUCAGUUUGGAUCCGUCUUGGUCAGAGACCACUUUGCUGACAGUGUUCAGUUUUUUGUUUGACUGCUGGCCUGUACCUACUGCCAGAGUCAGAAUACCUACAAAAAGGGCAUUUUCUUCUUAAAGGUGGAGUUGUAUUUGUUGUUUAUUUUUCAUCCUUUUCAUUUUAUGAAAGCAUACAUUUCCUUUAUUUGAUAUAUUUUGUGUUUGUUUGUUUAGUAUAUGUGUCUAUAUUUGCCUCACUUUUUUAAAUGACACACUAUUUAUUUGUUUUGUAUUUUUCUUUCUUAAGAAGGCAUACUGGUCUCUUAACAGGCAUUCCUUUACCGUCUGAUAGAUGACUAGUAGCCGACGCGGAGAUUCAUUUAGGCACAGAUC